AUGUUCCUGUCACUUCAGAACCUCAUCAACCGCAGCGUAUCACAUCCAGACACAAACACGGACAUCAUCAUGUCUUCUCGACUCAUCAGAAUCACCACGACUGAACAAACUCUCAGUUUUAAUGCCCUUCAUUCUGAACUAGUUGGGGAUCACGACCUCAAAAAAAGCAGCGCGGCUCUCGACGUGGUCAACAGCUACUGUGAGCAGAACGUCACCGGUGCCGACUGUCCAUCAUCCAAACACUGUGAGGCAGUGAACAAGGAGAGCAGCGAGGACCGGCCAGGAGAAAUGUCUCUGCUUAUGAACAUACUGAAGAUUCCUCUUCUUCUUCUGCUUCUCUACGGCUUUGUGUGUUCUCUGGACGUCCUGAGUUCUGCCUUUCAGCUGGCUGGAGGUAAAGUGGCAGGAGAUAUUUUCCAGGAUAAUGUCAUCCUCUCUAACCCGGUGGCAGGACUCAUGGUGGGGAUUCUGGUGACGGUUCUGGUCCAGAGCUCCAGCACAUCCACAUCUAUAGUGGUCAGCUUGGUCUCAUCUGGAUUGCUGGAAGUGAAAUCUGCUGUCCCCAUCAUCAUGGGCUCCAACAUCGGCACAUCUGUGACCAACACUAUAGUUGCACUAAUGCAAGCAGGAGAGAGAAAUGAAUUUAAACGGGCGUUUGCGGGGGCAACGAUUCACGACUGUUUUAAUUGGCUGUCUGUCCUGGUGAUGCUGCCUGUGGAGGUGGCGUCAGGUGUGUUGAGUCACCUGGCCAGAGUCACAGUCAAUAACUUUCAACUACACAGCGGAGAAGAAGCACCUGAGCUUCUGAAGACCCUCACAGAACCCCUCACCAAACUCAUCAUACAGCUGGAUAAAUCUAUAAUAACGGGCAUCGCUCUGGGCGAUGAGAGCAUACGGAAUCACAGCCUUGUCAAGGUCUGGUGCAGAUCCAGCCUGUUCGUGUCUUCAGUGAAUCUGACAGUUUCCCAGAACUGCUCUGGUGAAUUGCAUUGUGGGAAAGACAAUGAUCUCACCUGGAUCACACAGAACUUCACCACACAGAUCAACACAGAUAAAUGCAGGCAUCUGUUUGUGGAGUCGGGGUUGUCGGAUCUGACCGUUGGGCUCAUUCUAUUGGCCGGAUCUCUGAUGGUCCUGUGCACCUGUCUGCUGCUGAUAGUCAAAGUCCUGCAUUCCCUCCUCCAAGGUCAAGUUGCGAAGGUCAUUGAAAGGGUCAUCAACACGGAUUUUCCUUAUCCUCUCGGAUGGCUGUCGGGAUAUCUGGCGAUGUUAAUGGGAGCAGGAAUGACCUUUAUCAUCCAGAGCAGUUCUGUUUUCACAUCUGCGAUGACGCCACUCAUAGGUAUCGGUGUGAUCAGUCUUAACAGGGCGUACCCUUUGACCCUGGGUUCCAACAUCGGCACCACCACCACAGCCAUCCUUGCAGCUCUCGCCAGCCCCAGAGAGAAGCUUCCGGCUGCUUGCCAGAUUGCCUUGUGUCAUUUUUACUUCAAUAUUUUUGGAAUUCUGCUGUGGUAUCCAGUUCCCUUCACUCGACUGCCCAUCCGUAUGGCAUCAGCGCUGGGUGAACGCACCGCAAAGUACCGCUGGUUUGCCGUUCUCUACCUGCUGGUGUGUUUCCUGCUGCUGCCUUUUCUCGUGUUCGGCAUCUCUCUGGCAGGCUGGCAGGCCAUGAUUGGUGUGGGAGCGCCGUUUGCUGCGGUCACGGCCUUCAUCCUCCUGAUCAACCUAAUGCAAUCCCACAGUCCAGCACAUCUGCCCAAGACGCUGCGCAACUGGGACUUUCUGCCGCAGUGGAUGCACUCGCUCAAACCGCUCGACAAACUCAUCACCAGAGCGACCGCCGUGUGCUGCAGCCCGGCUCGAUUCAACGCGGGCGCGUCUGACCCGGAUGCGGUUGUUGUGACCCCAGAAGUAUUUAAUGUCAAACCUGAAUUGUCCGUUUUCAAGGGGAAGGCAGAACAAGGGUAUGAUAACCCGGCUCUGUCGAUACCUGAGGAAAUUGAGCCGAGGGUGUUUAAACUUCGAGGGUUAGAAAGAUGCAACAGCACACCGUUAUAA